CAAACAAUCUUCUGCUUUCAAACUUCUAGCAAGUUAAAAUGAAACUUCAAGCUGUCCUGGUGUUGACAUUGUUGAGUGUUCUUGUUAUGAACAUAGAAGGAAAAAUCUUGAAAAAGUUACUUAAAAAGAAGCUUGCUUUAAUUCCAAUUUUGGCAGGAGCCAAACAUAAACUUGGCUCUGGAAAUGGAAGUGGCCACCGAGGAAGUAACAACGAAUUGAUAGUACCGCAAGCAGAUAAUUCAUUUGGACAAACAACUUCUCAGCAAUCACAUUUAAUUGACGAAUCUUCACUUGUUGAGCAGGUUCAUCCUGUUCCAGCAUCAGUGGCAGUUUAUAGUUCGUAUGCUCCAGAAUUUCGAGCUCCAACAGUUUACUAUAGAGCAGCUCAACCAGUGGUUAGACGGACAGUUUACGAAUAUGUUAAAGAUUCAUCAAGAAACAAUGAUAACGUAGAAACACUCUCUGGAAAUAGUGGUUCCUCGAGUACACCAAGUGCUUCGAAUAUUCCCAAUAUUUCAAGUAUUCCCGGUCUCUCCAAUAUUCCCGGUAUUUCUGGUAUCCUUGGUCUUUCAAAUAUCCUCGGUGUUUCGAAUCUUUCGGGACUCCAAAGCAUUAAGAACGUUGCCAGUAGAACACUGACUGGAUUAGCAACAUCUCUUCAACAACCUAUACAGGCACCGAGACCUGCAAGUCCUACCGUAACAACAUAUGUUUCAUACCCUCCUUAUUAUUAAAAGUUAAGAACGUGUUUAAAGAUCACUUAAUUAGUUAAAUGUAUUUUACAAACUUUUUAAGUAAAAUUGAGUGUCAAGUUCGAUGAUGAUAUUAUUUAGUAAAGCCAAGUUUAAAAAUCAUUAGAAAUUGAGAAGAAAAUUGAAAUACAAUUUUUAAAGUAAUUUCGUCGUUUCAAAUAAAUUGUUAUACUUGAUAAAAUAAAUUUGUUUUGUCAUUAUCAAAUC